AUGAAUCAGGAUGGGGCACCGAACCCAAAAACAUCUUCCGGUUGUGGUGGUGCUUCCCCGCAUGAAGAUAGUAGUAUCACGAACCAUGAACAAAUACACCACACUAUAGACGAUGAUAACAAGCGUGCCGGCGAAAGCAAUACGCCAAAUCUACUCGCAACGUGCGCGAAAAGUGACAUGGGCGGGGGAGUAGGAUUGGAUCAUGAAGUAUUCGCGAUAUACUCAACGGCUGCAUUACCGCCACUUUGGAUGGAUAUUCUGCAUACAUCCACGCUUCCAGCAGAAAAUAUAAUAAAAAGACUACGGGCCCUUGCUGAGAAUAUAUCUGCGUUACUACCGAUAUAUACCUCCUGGACCGACAUACCUCACUCACCAUCAAAUCAUAAAACCCUGGAAAUCCACACCCUAACCGGGUGGUCAUCUCCGUCAUCUACAACACCAUCCCAAACCCAUCCGGCCCAUAAUCUUAUCCACCGCAAAAAGCCACGCUUCCUUCUCAACGCCGCGUUACACACAAAACACUGCAUAAUUGGCCAAGCAAGCAAGACAGAGACAUUGCUGGCCAUCCUCCGCAGACCAUGGUGUGUGCUCGAGAUCUGUGUCAGCAAUGUGCAUGAUGAUGUACAGGUUCUAGAGCGGAUUAGGGAGUUUGCGCUUGUUGCGCAGGAGGUUGAUGGAAGUGGGUAUGUGACGGCAGUGUUUUUGUUGGGCGUUGAGAUUGAGGCCAGGAGACGACAACGACGACGUCAGCAGCAGCAUCAUCAUCAUCAUCAUCAUCAUCAGACGAGCAGAAGAGACCUCACAAAAGCUUAUGAGUUGUGUAAUAUGACAGUCUUCAUACCGAGUUUGAGGUCGUUUAAUUCGUUCUGGAUACGGCUGAUUUGCGUGUGUGCGAUUGAGCUUGGAGUUGGGUUUUCGUGCUUGAUUUACAUGCUAUGUGAUCAUCAACAACAACAACAACCGCUAGUCGAUUACGAUGAACAGCUUGAUAGCGGUGGAAAGUCUAGUAAAGCCCUCUCGAGGGCUGAUAAUAACGAGCCCUUUCAGUUCGCUGGACGAAGACACUCGAUACAUGACCUCUUCUCUUCCUUUCAGCGCAUAGUUGAGGAGGAUGGAGACGAACAUGGAGAUAUUGUGCAGAGGAUGCUGGACUUGUAUAAACAGGUCUUGAAAAGGACUGAAGACUAUCUAUAA